AUGGGUGAGGAAGCUAAACAGGAACCAACUAAGGUUGAGUCUAAGCCAGAGGAAAAGCCAGCAGAAGAGAAGAAAGAAGAGAAACCAGUAGUAGAGGAGAAGAAAGAGCCUAAACCACAAUCUCCAUGUGUGUUGUUUGUAGACUUGCAUUGUGUGGGAUGCGCCAAGAAAAUUCAGAAAUAUAUUAUGAAAAUGAGAGGAGUUGAGAGAGUGGUGUUUGAUAUGGCUAAAAAUGAAGUAACCAUAAAAGGAAUAGUGGAGCCUCAAGCAAUCUGUAACAUGAUUACAAAGAAAACAAAGAGAAUAGGCCAAGUUUUAUCUCCAUUGCCAGUAGCAGAAGGAGAACCUAUACCAGAAGUUGUUACUUCUCAGGUUAGUGGACCGGUUACUGUGGAACUUAAUGUAAACAUGCAUUGUGAGGCCUGUGCUGAGCAGCUCAAGGGAAAGAUACUCAAAAUGAGAGGAGUUCAAACAGCAGUGGCAGAAUUUAGCACAGGGAAGGUUAUUGUGACAGGGACCAUGGAUGCAAACAAGCUAGUGGACUAUGUCUAUAGACGGACCAAAAAGCGAGCCAAAAUAGUUCCCCAACCCGAACCUGAGCCAGAAAAAGAAAAAGAAUAUAAAGAAGCUGAGAAACCUACAACAACAGAAGCGGCUAAACCUGAAGGAAAGAAAGAAGAAGAGACAGAGAGUAAAGAAGAGGAGAAACCAGCAGAGGAACCCAAGAAAGAAGAAGAGGGUGGAGAAGGUGGCAAGGAUAUGAAUGAGAAUAAAGAAGAAAAGGGUGGCGAAGAAGAAGCCAAGAAAGAAGUGGGUGGUGAUGAGAAUGAAGUAGUGUUUAACGUUGAUGAGGAAGACACGAAGAGGGUGAUGUAUUAUUACCAGCCACUCUAUGUCAUUGAACGAAUCCCACCCCCUCAGCUAUUUAGUGAGGAAAAUCCCAAUGCAUGUUGCAUUUCAUGA